UCUCGUGGUCCUUCGGGCUUGAGUGAUGUCAUCAAAGAGCGAGCUUUCCAUGGUCCAUGGUGGAGAAAACGUGGGGGAUUUUAUUUAAUGCAUUGUUGUGGAUUUGUCAUCGAGAGAACUUCAUGAUCUGUUGUGACCUGUCAAGUUGACAAGAAUGGAAUACAUGCAAGCUCCUGCCACAAGCAGUCAGGGGAAUAUCCUGUGCUGCACCUGUGGCGUCCCUAUUCCUCCCAACCCUGCCAACAUGUGUGUAGCCUGCCUGCGUACUCAGGUAGACAUCUCAGAGGGAAUCCCCAAGCAAGUCACAGUGCACUUCUGCAAACAGUGUGAAAGGUACUUGCAGCCUCCGGCCACCUGGGUACAGUGUGCACUGGAAUCCAGAGAACUGUUGGCACUUUGCCUGAAAAAACUUAAGAGCUCUAUGAGCAAAGUGCGUCUUAUUGAUGCUGGCUUCCUGUGGACAGAGCCCCACUCCAAAAGAAUUAAGAUGAAAGUGACUAUUCAGAAAGAGGUGAUGAAUGGUGCUAUCCUACAGCAGGUGUUUGUGGUCGAGUUUGUCAUCCAGUCCCAGAUGUGCGACGACUGCCACCGUGUGGAAGCCAAAGACUUCUGGAAGGCUGUGGUGCAAGUUAGGCAGAAGACUGUUCAUAAAAAGACAUUCUACUAUCUGGAACAGCUGAUCCUCAAGCAUAAACUCCACCAGAAUGCCCUCAACAUCAAAGAAAUCCAUGAGGGGAUUGAUUUCUACUUUGGCUCCAAGCAGCACGCUCAGAAGAUGGUGGACUUCCUCCAGUGCACAGUGCCGUGCAGGUCAAAGGCAUCCCAGCGCCUCAUCUCUCACGACAUCCAUUCAAACACAUACAACUAUAAGAGCACCUUCUCUGUGGAGAUUGUACCUGUCUGCAAGGACAACGUCGUGUGUCUUUCACCACGCCUGGCGCAGAGCCUGGGGAACAUGGGUCAAGUGUGUGUGUGCAUCCGUGUGACUAGCACCAUCCACCUCAUCGAUCCCAACACCCUGCAGAUUGCUGAGGUGGAUGGGAACACAUACUGGCGCCAUCCCUUCAACAGCCUCUGUAACCCACGGCAACUGGAAGAGUUCAUUGUUAUGGACAUUGACAUCAUCAGAGACCAGAAGCUGGGCGCUGGAGCUGGGCUGAGGUCCAAUAAGCACACCCUCGCUGAGGUAUGGGUUCAGAAAACAUCAGAGAUGGAUACCAGUCAGCAGUAUCACUGCCGCACAUUCCUAGGCCACCUGCUCAACAUCGGAGACCUGGUGCUGGGGUUUGACUUUGCCAAUUCCAACAUCAAUGAUGAGUACCUGAAUAAGAUUAACCCUCACCAUGUUCCUGAUGUGGUCCUGAUCAAGAAGAGCUACGACCGCAGUAGGAGGGUGAAGCGCAGGAACUGGAAACUGCAGGAGAUGGCCAGAAACCGCGAUGGCACCGACACAGACGAUGAAAGACAAUUCCAGGACUUCCUGGAGGACCUGGAAGAGGAUGAAGCUCUGAGGAAGAAUGUCAACAUCUAUAGGGAUGCGUCAAGGAUCCCAGUGGAGAGCGACACCGAUGAUGAUGGAGCGCCACGCAUCUCCCUGAUGGAAAUGUUGGAGGAGCUCAGCCUAACCGAUGCCACAGGAGGAGAGGGUGCCAACAUGAUGACAGACUAGUCGGCCACCACCCUGCCUGUGGGGCACCGAUGGCUAAACUGUCCAAUAUAGGUCCCCUGAUGUGAUACAAGUACAGGCCUCGGAUUUUGAACUGACAGCAGAUUGAAUACUGGUGAACUCGCUCACAAGUAGUUUUAUUCUGAGAAACCCACAGUUCCUCUGACUGUGGUGUAAUGACUUGCAGUUAAAACCAUACAUGGUGGGUUAGUGACGGUAACAGUAACAUGUUCUCAUUGAGAAACUAGACUCUCUGUUGUCCCAGCUGAUCAUCUCUGUCCACACUAUGGGAAGUGAAGUGGUUAUAAUUCAAUGUACCAAAAUAAAUAUUUGUCCAUAACCACA